GUGGGGAGGGCAGGGGAGGGCAGGGGAGGAGAGGAGAGGACCGGAGAGGACAGGAGAGGAGACCACCAUGGGCCCUUGGAGUCGAGUCAGGAUGGCCAAAUGCCAGAUGCUGGUCACCAGCUUCUUUGUUCUGCUGCUGGGCCUCUUGGUGGCCACCUUGGCGGCUCUUACCUACUUCGGAGCCCACUUCGCCGUCAUCAGCCGUGUGUCCCCAGAGGGGUCCCCCUUCAAGGCCAUGCACCACUGGGCCUUCUUCACAGAGAUCAGCCUGGCGGGGCUCCUCACCCUGGGGGCGGUGCUGAGCGCCGCAGCCACCGUGCGGGAGGCGGGGGGCCUCAUGGCCGGGGGCUUCCUGUGCUUUGCACUGGUCUUCUGUGCCCUGGUGCAGGUGGCCUUCUGGAGACUCCGCAACCCCACCCAGGAGCUCCGCCUGGUGGAAGGGGGAGGGGCCUCCGGACGUCCCUCAGCAGCCUGGGCCGGCCCGCUGCGGGGGCUUCACGGAAACCCCUUGGUGCAGAUGGAGGAUGCCCUGUUGGACACCUUCGACCUGGUGUACGAGCAGGCGCUGAGGAGCUCGUCCGGCGCCCGGUGGCAGGAGCUGGUGGCCAUCCAGGACACGUUCCUGUGUUGCGGGAAGAGCUCUCCUCCCAGCCUCCCGGGCCUGGCGGAGGCUGACCUGUGUCCGGGAGAGGAGGCUGGCACACAGGACUGCCUGCAGGGCAUCAGGGGCUUCCUGAGGACACACGGGCACAUCGCCUCCACCCUGACCAGCGUUGGCCUUGUCUCCAUGGUGUACGCGAUGCUGCUCAGCUCCUUCCUCCGGUUCGCCAUCCACUCUGGGCGCAGCUUGGACCGCAGAGGGACAUAUGCCCUGAGCCCCCGAGCCCAUGGCUGCCAGCCCCAGGAGCCCAGCUUCUUCAGACCCUCCCGGGGGAGCCCCGCCCUUCUUCACCGAGAUGACCUUCUGGGCCCAGGGGGACUCUCAGGUGGCCCUCGGCGGCUCGAGGAUCUCUGUUCCUGCCGCCGGCCUGCCCCGGAGACGAGACACCGGCCUGGGCCCGCACCCCUCGCGCGGAGACCUGGAGGGCGUGCUGUGCCCUCAGCUGCCCGGGGACUUCCCUGCCUUGAGGAGAAGCCUCAUCACACCUCAGCGAUGCCCUGUGCAUGGGCAGACACGUGGGGGGCAGUCUUUGAGAAAUUCUGCCUGCCACACCUGGUCCCUUUGGACAUCCAAACCACCUGGCGGAUGAGUCCUAAUUGUCUGCAAGGGUUUGCAUCCUUUGCUGAAGAUCCACAGCCCUGAGUCAAACACCACUUUGCCCCAGCCUCAGCCAAGGCCCGAGCUGAUGGAGGACAGGGGGCGGCGGGGCCCUCGUCACUCCACAGACGGCAUCCGGCCUGGGCCACCAAGACCCUGCAUUCUAUGACAGGCACCCACCACAGUCCACUCCUUGUCAGUCUCGUCCGUCCUACACGUGCACUGCCACAAACAAGGAUGCUCCCCCGAACACAGCAAAGAGCAAUCCUCCAGCGGAGGUCCUGGUUCCCCCAGGAGGACACCAGCGUCUCAUGGUCCCUGCGCUGGGUGACAGUCCGGUGCACCUGUUAUCCUACAACGUGUGGAAUAAAUGUAAGGAAAGCACCAGUGGUAUGUCCCAUGUAGUGGGU